AUGUCUUCCAACCCGCGAAGGACGCCGGUGACUCGCUCCGCACCCCGGAGCUUGAGCAUUAAGACAAACGUCGUCCUCAAGAAGGGCGCAACCUUCCACUCUCCCACGACUCCGGUGGAGUCUCCCGAGCCCGUCUUUACGCCGCCUUCCUUGCCUCGACGAUCAAACACCAGCCUCGACGAUGUUAUCGAUGCUCACCGCCGCCGUGUUGCCCUGACCCUCGGCGACAUUGACAACAUCCUCAAGGACGACGCUUCCCUUAGUUCGACCCGGAAAAAGGCGCUGCGUGACGAGACUCUCCCGCUUCCGCGGGGAGUUCUUAACCACACCCUCGACUCGGUGAUGGCCAAGGAGCAGCCGGCAGAACGCCGGAUGCUUCGUCCCCGUUCCCGCCGCAUUACUCGUUUCCAUGAGUCCGACAGUGGACUAGGAACCUCGAUCGCUUCCACUGGGGAGAAGGAGGCGGCUGCCAGAAAGGAGAAGACUACUAGGACGAACGCGGUUACUAGAUCGGCGGCUGCCCAUACGUCUAAUGCCAGCUCUGUCGGCCUCAGCUCCCGCGCUACCAGCCGCAUUUGCGAACAUACCUUGAAGCCCCUCCUCGGCAAUGCCGGUUUCAAAGACUUCCACCCACUCCUCCUUGAGUGCCCGAGGAAGAUUCAGGAGAAACAGAUUGUUUGCCUCCGGGAUCUCGAGAAGACGUUGCUUCUCGUUGCUCCUGUAAGUGAGCUUCUAGCUGACCAAACUGUGUGGGGAGAUACUUAUCGUGCCCUGCUUUUAAAGGAAAGGACAAAGGCUGCCGAUCUGUACUUGGACUUCUGCCUCACCACCAUCCGCUGCAUCCAAGCCACAGUCGAGUACCUCAGCGACCGAGAGCAGACGCGCCCUCGUGACGUACCGUACACGAGCGGAUACUUUGUCGACCUCGUCGACCAAAUAAGGAACUACGCCCAACAGCUUGCUGACGCCAAAGAAAACGGGAACCCGAAUGAGAUGGAUGUUGAUCCAACGGAUGAGAUCAAGCUCCACGGGGGUAUCCACAUUAACGGCCGCCCUGCCGAGCUCGUCCGCGUCAAGAAGAAUGGCAAGAUGAUCUCGAUGGCCACAGGCGAGCCGGUUGAGAAAAUCGAGGAUGAGGCCGAUGGCACGGUACGCUUCAAGCGCUCCGCCAGCCAGGAGCUCGAGGACGAGGAAGAGAUUAUGCGGUCGAUGGCCCGCCGAAAGAAGAACGCCAGCCCCGAGGAGCUUGCCCCCAAGAAGUGCCGCGAGCCUGGCUGCAAUAAGGAGUUCAAGCGCCCUUGCGAUCUAACCAAGCACGAGAAGACGCACUCUCGUCCCUGGAAGUGCCCGGUGCCCACCUGCAAGUACCAUGAGUACGGCUGGCCUACCGAGAAGGAGAUGGACCGCCACCACAACGACAAGCACUCUUCCAGCCCACCAAUGUUCGAGUGCCUGUACAAGCCGUGCCCAUACAAGUCGAAGCGCGAGUCCAACUGCAAGCAGCACAUGGAGAAGGCUCAUGGCUGGACUUAUGUGCGCACCAAGACGAACGGCAAGAAGGGCUCCAGCAUCAACGGCAACUCAGCCCACCCCACUCCUCAACUGCAGAACCUCCCUACCCCGUCUAGCGAGCACAGCAUGAGCGUCUCGACUCCUCCUGACACAUGGGGCCAGGUUUACGGCGGUAGCAACCUCGACUUCCCUACCUACAUCCCCAGUGAUACCGAUUUUGGCAUGAUUCCCCAGGAGCUAUCGCUUGAUUACUCUCCUAUUGACAACCCGACCCCGUCCACCGACUCUGGCAUGGACCACAACUCUGCCUACCAGGAUAUCGGAACAGACUUCACUCUGUACGAGGAUAUCUACGGCGCUCGGGUACACCUUCCCACCCCGCCUCCUCUUCACACCGCCAAUGUCUACGCAAAGAACAUGCCGCCGCAACAGUUUAUCCCGUUCACAGCGGCGGAUAUGUGCCAACCCCAGGCGGCGCAAUUGUCGCCUAUCGGUCAGGGGAAUGCGAUGCUUUACACCCCCAACUCGCUUGCUGAGGUUGACGAAGGGUUUGACGACAAUGGCGAAUUCGCCGCCAUUGCCAAUGCGGUGAACGGCGGUGACUUCAUCCUCUUCCCUAAUGGAGGCGUGUCCAAGCCGAUGUACAAUGAUUCUCUUUUUGCCAACACUGAGAUUCCCAACAUGACUGCCGCCCAUGCCCAGCCGUCCUCACAAGACUUGAUGGACGCUUUCAAUCUUGAGUGGACUGCGCAGGACCUCAACAACGCGUACUACUCGCUCUAA